AUGGCAAUAGCGUGCGUAUUGCAAGGCGGAAUGAUUCUUGUGCUGGCGAUUUCGAUUUGUCGUGCCGCGAGCAACGGCAACAACGAACACAACAGUCAAAUGGGAUGUUCGAUCUGCUCUUUGACAAGAACAGAGCAUCGAUCGGGCGAUUGUGGGGAGUGCACAAGGGAGGAAGGGAGGUGCAGCGGGAGGCGUUCUCGGAAAGCGAAUCGAGGUCAUGAUGGAAUCGCUACGGGAAAUACCUGUCACUGUAAGUCCAGUUAUGCUUGUGACCACGUCUUUCCAAAACUUGCACGGACGUUUAUAGUUUCGCCUAAAAUUUCCGCAAACGUUUUGGCAAUGGUUUGCCGAUUCUUUUCGGUUUUGUGGAAAAGUGGCUCAGACUUAGAUAUUUUGCGGGGGGGAUCAGCGGAUCUUCAAAGCAAUGGUCAUGCGGGAUGCUUUCGAUUUGCAACCAGUUAUGAUACUGCCACUUAUUUUCGGGAAUGUUAUUUCUUGCUUCCAUCUCAUCUGCCGACACCCAUUGCUCUCUCUCUUCGGAAAAGACACAUGUAUUUGUGGCUUUCAAUGGACUCAGCCCCGUUGACGAAGUUUCAUACGCUAUCCGUUGAUCGAACCUCGUCUGGACCUCUUGUUGUUUCUUGUUCUUGUCUUCUAUAUCCAGCAACGUCAUUUCUAGAAAUCGUUGAUUCAUCAAGAUCGAUUCUUGCGCAGAAAGAGGGCACCUACUCUCUUUGUGAUCAGGGGUUGGGGUGA